AUGGACAGCAUUCAGAAAAUCUUCUUCGGCGAAGAUAGCAAUACCGUGAUGGGCACCGUGAACAAGUAUGGACAGGCAUUUGACAAUGCGCAGUCCCUGGUGCGUGUGCACAUCUUUCAGUCUUUCGCCUUCCACCUUUUUUCUGACACUUUUUUGCCUUGGCCCUUUGGAGGCGUUUCCGGACUUGCCAGGAUGCUUUGGGAUGCUUCUUCUGCGACCCACCGAGAAUUCCGUGCGGAGCGUCGGAAGAUCAACGAGGAGGCCGAUAGAUUAGUGCGUGAAUGUUUGGCUGAUCCGCAAUUCGAGUCCCGUCGUGACUUACUUGCCCUGUUUCUGCAGGCCCAGAAGGAGCUGAAAUUCACGACAAGCUUUGUAAAGGACAUGGUCUUGAAUCUCAUCAUAGCUGGCAGAGAUACGACGGCUUGCUUGCUGUCCUGGAUGUUCUAUGAGAUUGCCAAGAGCCCAGAUAUCCAAAAGCGACUACAUGAUGAGAUCGACAAGAAGUCACCGGCAGGCACCCCACUGGACCUCAAGACUUUGUCGCACAAUGAGAUGCCAUAUCUGCAUGGAGUGGUCUAUGAAGCUUUGCGCCUGUGGCCGCCUGUACCCAUAGAUUCAAAGAUCGCGUAUGCCGAUGACGUGCUGCCCGGUGGGUUCAAAGUGCCGAAGGGAGUACAACUCGCAUGGGCCCCGUACAACAUGGGCCGCGACCCAAAUCGCUACCCAGAUCCCAGAGCCUUUAGGCCUGAGCGAUGGAUCCCAUUUUCUGCACCAGCACAUCAUGAGUUUCCUGUUUUUCAGGCCGGGCCACGCAUAUGCUUGGGCAUGGACAUGGCCUUGUUUGAGGCUAAGAUUGCAACGGUUGAGCUUCUACGCCAUUUGCAAUUCGAGCUGAAGCCCGGGCAACAAAUUACUUAUGGAGACAAGAUCACGAUGAACAUCAAGAACGGUGACAAGGAUGAGCUUCUAGUUUGGAUCAAGAACCGCUAG